AUGGUUUACAUUCACGGUGGAGGGUACGUUUUAGGAACAGCGAUUACUUCUCCCAGCGAUAUCUUGGCUCUCCAUGGGGUGGUGGUGGUCAUUAUCCAGUAUCGUAUUGGUCCCUUUGGUUUCUUGACGACCGGUGAUUCGGCGGCACCUGGUAACUAUGGAAUGUUGGAUCAAGUGGAAGCACUGAAAUGGGUCAAAGAAAACAUUCAGAAUUUUGGCGGGAAUCCCAGCAAAGUGACCAUAUUUGGACAGAGCGCUGGAGGAUCCAGCGUGGGGCUCCAUCUUCUAUCGCCUCUAUCUCGUGAUCUCUUUCAUCAAGCUAUUCCAGAGAGCGGUGUAGAUUUAAGUCCCUUUGCGAUUCAGCCAACGUCUUUUGGUCUCCGUUUCACAAAAGAGCUUGCACAAAAACUGAAUUGUGGAUCCAGUGACCAUUAUGCAAUGGUUUCUUGUAUGCGCAGCAAAACAGCGUCAGACAUGCAAAAAGCCGCGGAGUCCAUCAAAUUUGGUUUCGUUAAUUAUCUUUACUGGGCACCAGUCGUUGAUAAAAACUUUCUUCAUGAUACACCCCAGGUUUUGAGGAAAAAAGGAGAAUUUAAGCAAGUGCCGCUUGUCAUCACCUUCACAAGUAACGAGGGGGCGACUUUUCUCGGAGACAUGGUCAACAAUUCCUUGGGGCUGAUGGAGAACGUGGACAAUGGAGUCAGUCCGACCUUGUUCAAAUCAUUUCUUAUUAAGUUCGCGCAAGUUCAAAACAGUAGGUAAGAUCAGUGAAAAUUAAAUAUUUGCUCAGUAGUCUCAAUGCAGCAGGACCCCGUUAACUCCAACUCCUUGCUAACUCUAACUAAGUUCAAUUUCCCUUUGAUUUUACCUCCCUUUCCUGUCAUUUUUACUCGGUUAACUCCAACGCGGAUAACUCAGAUUAACCUCUAACUCGAACUAAAACACCUUUUCGACUCCCCUGAUCAAAAAAGUCUCUGAAAUGUAUCCCGAUAACUGGAAUUCUUGUUCUUUUAACUACUAAACUAAUCUAUAAACUAACUAAUCUGAGUAACUCUUCUUGUUGCAAUUGCAUGAGAGCCUGAAAACACUAAAACUGACAUUGGUCACCGUUUAAGGCAAUUUCAUUUUAAUUGGUGAAACGAACAGAUCACGUUUUAUCAUAAAAGUGGCUAAUCAUGUUACAGUGUCUGAUGAAAUAAGUAAACUUGUACUGCACCAUUUACUGAAUUGAAUUUUUCAAUCGACUUCGGUUGGGAGCUUGAUUAAAGGAUAAAGUUGUAAUAUGGCUAUGUAGUCUCAUUGUUCCCGGGUGUUCUUGUAUAUAUUUUCGCUCCAUAAAUUACACUACGCUGUACACUGAUCCGCUACAACGUAACCACUACCGAAAUAUACUCAGUCGUAGGUUAUUAUGUACCCUGUUUAGGACAGAACGGUCAAGAACCACACCCUGUCCAGCGGCACCACAUCCCCGUACAAGUCAUAUAACCUAAGCAAGUAACCUCCCGGGGUCAUAACAUGCCACCAACCAUGUUGCAUUAACAUUUAUCAAGAGAGAGUAAUAGCGACUUCUGUUCCUCUCUGGAGACCAUCCUCCGAUUAUAACUCAAGCGUUUAUCGGUCUCAAAAUAACUUUGGUGAAAUUCACAUAUCCCAAGGGCUAGACAAGGUGUUUCCCUCUGUGUCUCAUUAUUCCCUUUUUGCAUUUAUUUAUUUCUUCGCUUGUGUUUCUUUUGCACGCAUUGGUUUACUUUUCCCUUCAAAAUAAAACUAGUGAGGCAAGUGCCUCGGAUUUCUUCACACUGUUCACGGCUCUGGUCUGUGGAAUAAUUGUUAAAUAUCCGUCACUUUGUUUUCGGAAGAAGAAUGCUGAUCUUCUCGCCGAUGCCUUAGAGUUCAUGUACACCCCUUGGCCUGACAACAGUAAUAAAUACGCAUUAAGAAGUCAACUUGUUGAUCUUAUUGGUGAUAACCUUUACUUUGCUCCCAGUCACAAGGUCGCUGAUGUUCACAGUCAGGUCGCUCCUGUUUACAUGUAUGAGUUUGCUCAUCGGGCAAAAACAAGUAUGGGUGCUGAUUGGAUGGGCGUGGUCCAUAGCGAAAAUGUUCCCUUUGAUUUCGGAGUUCCUUUGCUCCCGAAAUUUUUAUCUCUUUAUAGUCCCGCUGACAGAAAUGUCAGUUUGCUUAUUAUGACCAUGUAUGCAAACUUUGCCCGGUCCGGCGAUCCUUCAGUCAGCGGUGUCGCGUGGGAGAAAUACAACUCGAGUCACAGAGCUUACCUUAAAGUGGACACAAGUCCCAAACUGAAGACGUCAUUUAAUUCUCGCCGAAUGUCUUUUUGGAAUAAUUACUAUCCUAAAUUGGAGCAGGUGAAGUUCGAUGUCAAUAAAGAGGUGGUCAGCAGUGCAAAGGAUGUUGUUACCAUGGGGACUGCUCUUCAAGUUGUAUUUGCUUUAAUAGUAUACUUGAUUUACUAAGACCUUACUUUUUUUCACUCAUUCAUUCAAGUUUAUUAGAAGUGGAUAACACCAACAUUUUCUUUAAUGUCUAUGAGCGGAAAGUAGAGCAUGAUGUAUGUAGCCGAAUCAACUAAAAAAAGUCAGCAAAGAAAAAAGGGCGAUUUCAGUUUUUGCUAAAAAGUUCAUAACUGUUAUUGAAUGAAGCUGAGAAUGAUACGAGGAAUUAUGCAGAUAGAGGAUUGAAUAAUUAUACUGAUUAGUGAAUUAACAGGGUACAGACUUAAAAUGUUUGUUGCUCCCGCAGUUAUAACCAUUCAUCGGUAGAGGAUGCCUAAGGUUCGUACAAUUCUACAAUUGUUUUGGGCUCCAUUAAAUCCUAAUUUUACAUCUUUAAGUUUUGGCAGUCUUCAUCAUUGUAUUUGGCCGAGCAUUUAAUUACUACUGUAAUUUUAGCUGAUCGCAUUGCUCUGAAGGUACAGUCACAACCUCUCUACAAAGGUCAUGCGUCUACAGCGUCCACUUUUUCGGACGGACAGACCAUAGAUUGAUAGACUCGAGUAUUCUCUCGUUUUCCUCAGAGAAAGCAAAGUGAGCGAAUUGAGCGAGGACAGUGUGAAAAUUUCAGUCCACGCGCUUGUCACCCUCUUCGACUGGUUUCUACUAAUUUUUAAUGACUAGUAAGUAUUCUAAGUACAGUAGAAUCCCGGUAACUCGAACUCUGAAAGGAAACGAAAAACUGUUCGAACUAGCGAGGGUUCGAGUUAUCGGGGUCGAUUGAAAAAUUCAAUAUGCCAUGUUAGAAAUUGAUAUUUACUGAUUUUCUCAGUGCUUCAGUGUAUGGUGGAGCACAAAUUUAAUUAUUUCAUUAGAAACAGUACGAUAACAUGAUGAAGCACUUUUAUGAUAAAACGUGAUCUGUUCGUUUUACCACUUUAAAUCAAAUUGCCUUUAAUAGUGACCAGUGUUAAUUUCAGUGUUUUCAGACCCUUUACAACAAGAAGAGCAAAUGGGAUGGCAUCCGAGUGUAGUUAAAAGAACCCUAAUUCGAGUUAUCGGGGAAAAUUUCAGUGACUUUUUGAUCGGGUUAGCAGGGAGUUCGAAUUAUCCGAGUUCGAGUUAUCGGGGUUCUACUGUAUUCGCUUUGAGUACCAACCCCUGUAACCUUAGGCCCGAGUCGAAACUUUUGUCAUUGUGGGGAUGUGCCGCUGGGAACUGGACCCCUUAGCCUACACCAGAGCUAGUUCAGCGGAAUUUCGCUGCCCUAUACUAGACUAAACUCUCCAAAUCCCCCCUAUCCUAGAGUACCUUUUAGGCUGAGUUGCAUAAAUUUGAACUUGCCGAUUCUGAUUUUUUUAAAAUUUUUGAGAGGCAAUUCCCGGUUUCCCUAGUCUAGACUAAAAUCUUCAACCAACUGAUCUGUUUCAUGGAAAAUGAUACCCCAUUCUAGACCCAAACUCUCUGAUUUAUAUACCCUAUCCCGGAGUAAACUGCUUAAAAACCAUACCCUUCACAGACGCACAUACCUAUGUAGCCCAUAUGUGGCAGUACCCACCCCCCGGGGUUCCAAAACAGCCUUGGUCGAACCCACUUCCGGAUUUAACCUUAAAUCAGCUUGACGCUUGCGCGACGUUUUAAUCGUAUCUUUGCUUGCCAAGUAAAUUUUGGGAUCUAUUAUUAUUCGCUAUGAGGUACCACGAGCCCUGUAACCGUAGCCCUAAACUCAUGUCAUUUUGAGACUUCAGGGAUUGAUGCGAUCUCAGAAAUCCAGGUUUUGUCGAUGGCUGCCAUCAUAUGUUAUAUCAUACUGUCAAGAAUAAUGGACCUUCUGGUCAAGCACGAUCAAAUUAAGUUCGGCGUUUGAAUGAACUGUUGAGCCAAAGCUGAGCAUAUAAAUUCUGUUAACUCGAUACUUCAGAAGCACGACUUCUGAAAAAAAAGAAACGGCUAGCAUAAAAAUGAUGGGGAUGAUGUCAGUUAUGGGUGGGUCAGUGAUUUUGCUGAUUGCAUGAUCUGUCUUGAUAUACUGUAUUCAUAUGAGUUUUAUUUCUAAUUAAACUGCCCACUUAAUGAAUUGUAUCAUUUAGACCCAUGUCAGCUUGCCAUUGUUUUCUAAAUUGCGCAGUCAUCGAAUCCGACGAGCGCUCGAUCGGCGAUCACGCAGUAAACUAAUUAAAGUAAAGAAGUUUUAGAAGGUACACUGUAGGUAAUUCACGGUUAAGGUAAGAUGCUUGCACUACUUUAGUUUCUGGUCUUUUUUUUACAGUUUCUAGUAAACCAGCUUCUAACAUUUUGCGAAGUAUGUUUCAUCAGUCAUAUUGCAUGGUGAACAAAAAGCCAAUAAGGGGUCUUUAAAUAGUGUAUGUUGUUCGAAUGACGUCAGGAUUAAAAAGGCCCGCUGCUGGGAGAUGAAAAUUAAUUUAGAAUUGCUCAUUUGUCCCUCAUUUAGCUAGUGUCAACAAGUCAAUCCCUGCUGCUUUUUGAUCUUGGUAAAAUAAACAGCUCUACAAGAAGAAGUGUUCGAAGAUGCAACUGGCAACGUUAUUGCUCCUUUGUGCAUGUUGGCUUCAUGUUCGAGCACAAACAGUGUCAACUAAGUAUGGAGAUAUCGAGGGUCUCGUGACUUCGUAUCCGAAUGCCUCUGGUCUGUUCAAAUCUGUCAGCAAAUUUCUUGGCGUUCCUUUCGCCGCUCCACCAACUGGAGAGCUAAGGUUUAAAGCCCCCAAACCGCCAAAAGAAUGGAAACCAAACGUCUAUUCGGCUAAGACACAUGGAAGCGUCUGCUUACAGUCCAAACUUUCCGAAAACUUUAUCAAGCCUUUUACUUCAAAUUUCACUUUCAGCGAGGAUUGCUUAUAUCUUGAUAUCUACAGCCCGAACAUCAGCCUUAGUUUGCCAGUGAUGGUUUACAUUCACGGUGGAGGCUACAUUAUAGGAACAGCGAUCACUUCUCCCAGCGAUUUUUUGGCUCUUCAGGGUGUGGUUGUAGUCAUAAUCCAGUAUCGUCUAGGUCCCUUUGGUUUCUUGACGACCGGUGAUUCAGCGGCGCCUGGUAACUAUGGAAUGUUGGAUCAAGUGGAAGCACUGAAGUGGAUCAAUGAAAACAUUAUGAAUUUUGGUGGGAAUCCCAACAAGGUCACGAUAUUUGGAGAGAGCGCUGGCGGAUCCAGCGUGAGUCUUCUUCUUCUAUCACCUCUGUCACGUGAUCUCUUUCAUCAAGCCGUUGCAGAGAGCGGUGUAGAUUUAAGUUCCUUUGCGGUUCAGCCAACGUCUUUUGGUCUUCGAGUCGCUAAGGAGCUUGCGCAAAAACUAAACUGUGGUGCGAGCGACCACAACGCAAUGGUUUCCUGCAUACACAACAAAAGAGCUUCAGACAUACAGAAAGCCUCAGAGUCAAUCAAAUUUGACUUCUCUAAUUAUCUCUACUGGGCACCGGUUGUAGACAAGUACUUCCUUCUUGAUACACCCCAAAGUUUGAGGAAAAAGAAAGAUUUCAAGCAAGUGCCACUUAUCAUCGCCUUUACAAGUCACGAGGGGGCGACAUCUCUUGUAGAUAUGGUCAACAAUUCUUUUGGGCUGAUGGAGAACUUGGACAACGGAGUCAGUCCGACUUUGUUCAAAGCAUUUUUAAGCAAGCUUGCUCAAGGUCAAGACAGUAGGUAAGAAACUGUAAUACCAGGGGCGAGAUAGGACAAAGAGGGAGUCUCGGGGCGUCGGCUGGGAUAUCUUGAUUAGAUAUAAGUUAUUUUUAGAAACCAUGCGGACAUUACAGUUUUCAGUGGAGCGGUUGACUUCACAAUUCAGUGCCCCAAAACGAGGCGGAUUCAACAAAAGAAAAAAAAUGGCGUUCUCAGUGGAGGGACUUUGAUUCGGUUAAAAUGUGAAAUAAGGAAACUUUUUGCUUAGUAGCUCUAAUGAUAUGUUGGAAUUAAUUCUUAGGUCCGGGGCUGAUUACAGUUCAUAACGUGGAAAGCGUGAGGUCUCUGUCUUUUCCUUUUUUUGAAAGAAAGUUUUAAUUACGUAACCCACUAUAUUUGGCUUUUACAGAUAAACCUCCACCAGACCUUCCCAGUCAAAGGCCUAUAGUCAAAACCUCUCGUAAACGAGCACCUCUCUGAAGUGGUCGCGACAACUUUUUGGGAGGACGAUUUUAUAAUUCUCUAUUGUUUUAACCUCUUUUAAGGGACCGGAAUUGACCCAUGGUCUGAUUUGUAUGUUCGCUUCACGUAAUAUAGUACAAUACUACACAAAAUAAACUUAGAACUUUAAGUGACAACACGUCACUUCUCAUACUUAGAACAUGUAUACAAUAAAUUCUCUUACAAGACCUCUACUCGCAAAAGACCUUCUGUGGUCCGAGUCUUGUUAGCACCAACUCCCAUAAGCGGCCACUAAGUCCUAACAUUUUUUUUGGGGGGGGGGGGGGGUCACGUAGAGGCGUUUUGACUGUAAACCUCCGGCGCUUUAGAGUCAGAGCUCGAUAGUUGCUAUUUAUCAUCUCAUACUUGUGCUUGUGGAAUUAAUUUUUAAUAUCUGUCACUUUUUGCAGAAACAAGACCGCUGAUCUCAUCACCGAUGCCUUUGAGUUCAUGUACACCCCUUGGCCUGACAACAGUAAUAAAUACGCAUUAAGAAGCCAACUUGUUGAUCUUCUUGGUGAUAACAUUUUCGUUGCCCCUAGUCACAAGGUCGCUGAUGUUCAAAGCCAGGUCGCUCCUGUUUACAUGUAUGAGUUUGCUCAUCGGGCAAAAACAAGUAUGGGUGCUGAUUGGAUGGGCGUUGUUCAUGCUGAAAACAUUCCCUUUGAUUUCGGAGUUUCUUUCCUUCCAUUUUUUUUGCCAUUUUAUAGUUCCGCUGACAGAAAUGUCAGUUUGUUUAUUAUGACUAUGUACUCAAACUUCGCCCUAUCCGGCGAUCCUUCAGUCAGCGGUGUCGCGUGGGAGAAAUACAACACGACUCACAGAGCUUACCUUAAAGUGGACACAAGUCCCAAAAUGAUGGCGUCAUUUAAUCGUCGCCGAAUGUCUUUUUGGAAUGACUACUAUCCUAAAUUGGUGCAGCUGAAGUUUGAUACCAACAAAAAGAAGGUUAGCAGUGCAGCGACUGUUGUUACCAUGGGAACGAUCGAAGCUGUUUUUCAAGUUGCAUUUGUAUUGAUAGUAUUUAUGACUUACUAG